UUCCUUGAAUCCAAACAAGUUAAGAUUUAAGAUGGCUUUCUCCUUAUCCUCUAAGCUCUUCCUUCUCUACAUCUCAACAUCUUUCCUCAUCUCUGUUACCUUUGCUAAUGAUUUUUCAAUUGUGGGUUACUCGCCCAAAGAUUUAGCUUCCAUGGAUAGGCUCAUUGAGCUCUUCGAAUCGUGGAUGUCGAAACAUGGUAAGGUCUACAAAAGCAUUGAGGAGAAGUUGGAAAGAUUUGAUAUCUUCAAGGAUAACUUGGAGCACAUUGAUGAGAGGAACAAGAAGGUUACAAGCUAUUGGCUUGGAUUGAAUGAGUUUGCUGACUUGACCCAUGAAGAAUUCAAGAAGACUCACCUGGGUUUGAAGACUGAUUUCGAUCUACCCAGAAGGAGAGAAUCCUCCAUGGACUUCAUGUACAGAGAUGUCGAGGAUAUCCCCAAGUCUGUGGAUUGGAGAAAGAAAGGUGCUGUUACUCAUGUCAAGAACCAGGGUGAAUGUGGAAGUUGCUGGGCAUUUUCGACGGUGGCCGCCGUUGAGGGAAUCAAUCAGAUAGUGACCGGAAACCUAACAACCUUGUCGGAGCAAGAGCUGAUAGAUUGUGACAAACCCAACAACAAUGGCUGCAAUGGAGGACUUAUGGAUUACGCAUUCUCCUUCAUCGCCUCCAAUGGUGGAAUUUAUAAAGACGAAGACUAUCCUUAUCUCAUGGAGGAAGGCACAUGUGACGAGAAGAAGGAAGAUAUGGAGAUGGUGAACAUAAGCGGUUACGAAGAUGUGCCUGAGAAUGAUGAAAAGAGCCUCUUGAAGGCAUUGGCUCACCAGCCGAUUAGCGUUGCCAUUGAGGCCUCCGGUAGAGAUUUCCAAUUUUAUAGUGCGGGAGUUUUCAAUGGCUACUGUGGUACUGAUUUGGACCAUGGAGUCACAGCCGUUGGAUACGGAUCAGAAAAGGGGCAGGAUUACAUCAUCGUGAAGAACUCAUGGGGACCAAAAUGGGGAGAGAAAGGUUAUAUAAGAAUGAAGAGAAACACAGGAAAACCUAAAGGGUUAUGUGGAAUCAACAAAAUGGCUUCUUAUCCUAUCAAGAAGAAGUAAUUGCUAUCAGAGUUGGUGAAAGUGUAAUCUGCUGUGUUCGUUUUCAAUAAAACUAGCCAAAACCAUGACUUUGUGUUUCCA